AUGGCUGUAAUCUUGUUGCUUCAGGGAUCACAUGUUCCAAAAUUUGGGAAUUGGGAUGGCGAAAAUGUGCCAUACACAGCUUAUUUUGAGAAUGCGCGCAAAAGUAAUAGUAAAGGAGGUAAAAUGAUAAAUCCAAAUGAUCCAGAGGAGAAUCCAGAGGCCUUUGCAUAUUGCGGAGAUGAGGAUGCUAACAUUAACAUUUCUCCUUUAGUUGAAAAACAUCAGUACCAUUAUGAUCAUCGCAGAAAUCCUUCUGUAGAGUCGGGCCAAAACAAGAGUAUUGGCCCGACUAAUUCAAAUUCGGAGUCCUUUGGGGAUAGUCAAAGGAAGAGCGUUUCUGGGUUUUCAGUUAACCAACCAACACGACGAAGAAGAACAUCUGAUGUUAAGAAGAAUAAGAACGAUCGUGGCAAUGGAUUCGUUCCUCCUAGUCCGAAUAGACCGAUGAAAAAUAGUAGAAAUCCAUCUGAUGAUCUUUCUUGUUCAUCAGCAGCAUCAGUACCAAAAUUUGGGGCAUGGGAUGAGAAAGACCCGAAAUCGGGAGAAGGAUUUACAGUAAUUUUCAACAAAGUUAAAGAGGAAAAGCAUAUAGCAGCUGCAAAGUUCCCUGUUGUGCAGCCACAAUCAAACAUGUCUUCAUCAAAUAAUCACAAAAAAAAUGCUAAAUCAAAGGUAUGUAUCCUUUCUUCGACUCGAGCUAUACAUAGUCUUGUGGAUGCAGAGUAAGACUAAAGCUCAUGAGUUGAAUGUAUAUGGGAAGUCUUAAAAGAUAUGAGAUUGUCAUACACUUAAAUAUGAAUAACGUCAUGGACGAAUGGACAAGAUAGAGAUCUUCGUGUCCCAUUUAUGAGAAAAGGAAUUGAAAUGGCUUCACAUUCAUAUGAUCCUUUUUUUAUGACUAUAGUGUCUGAGUCAGCUUUCACGCACCUCGAUUAUAUAUGAUCCUUUAUUUGUCUGAUUUCGCUUUUGUCUCUGGUUUGUGCAGGUGUUUUGUUGCCUUUUUUGAAGAUCUACAUGCUCUAAGUUAACAAGAAAAAAGAGUUGUAUUAGUGUUUUGCUUAGAAGGGUGCAUUGACUAAGUAUUUGUAUUAAUGUUUUCUUGUAGUUGUGGAAAGAACAAUUAGUUACACUUAAUCCAUAUUUUGGUCAUGAUAUGUUAGAAUAAUUUGAAAUAUAACAUGGUAA